CUGUGUAAGUAUGUGGGUGUAUGUGUGUGUAUAUAUGUGUGUAUGUGUGUGUGCAUAUAUGUCUGUGUAUGUAGGUGUGUGCAUUUUAUGUUUGUGUAUGUAUACAUGUAUGCAUGUGUGUUCAUAUGUAGCCUAUGUGUGUAUGUAUACAUGCUGAUGUAUGUAUGUGUGCGUAUAUGUAUGUAUGUAUAUGUAUGUAUGUAUGUAUCAGUAUGUGUGUGUGUAUUUAUGCAUGUAUGUGGAUGUAUGUAUGUAUGUAUGUAUGUGUGUAAAGAUGUAGGUGUAUGUAUGCAUGUAUGUGUGUAUGUAUGCAUGCAUGU